AUGGUCCUGGCUCCGGCUGACGUCCCGCUGGACGUGUGUGCCAGGGAAUGUGGGAUUUGCUACGAGGCCUACAAAGCAGCUUCCCCGUGGCGGGUGCCCAAGCUGCUGCUGUGCCAGCACUCGCUGUGUCUCGCCUGCCUCAGGAAGCUGGUCUGCCAGGCCCGGGCCAUCUCCUCUGUGGUCUGCCCCUUCUGCAGGACGGUGACCCUGGUGCCCGAGCAGGGGCUGCAGGCCCUGCAGAACGACGAGGACAUUCUGCGGGAAGCGUCGGCCCUGGGCAGCCCCAGGGUCCUGGCGGGGGCCAGCUCGGCCCCAGGGGAGGAGGAGAGGGAGGAGGAGGCAGCCCCCAGCGCCUCGGAGUACUCCACAAGCGACUCCUCUCUCUCCCUGGACGUGGAGUUUAACUACGUGACCCAUUCGUCCAUCUUCACCAUAAGCAGCGUGGUCUCCCCGUACGGCUUGGCGGUGCCGGGCAGCCCCAGGGCCUGGAGCGGUCUCCGUGUGCAGGAGGUGCAGAACACCUUCUUGGUGGGGCUCCCGGGCCCAGCGGUACCCGCGGAUGCUCAACCACCCAUCUCCUCGGUGGAGAAUCUGCGCCUGUGCUUCGCCAUGGGCAUCCUCAUCCUCUCCGUCUUCUUCCUGCUGGUCUUCCUGAAGUAGGCCAGGACCUGAGGAUGCAGCCGGAGGGGCGGCUGGAGCCGGCUCAGGACAGAACUGACCCAGUAGCCACGGGGGCCCAGGGCCAGGCUGCUGAUGGAGCAGUGGGGAGAGGCCUUUUCAGAUGGAUCAGCUGAGCCCUGACCUGGGACCCCUGCAGGAGCCCAAACGCGGCAGCCUCCACCCAGAGCCUUGCUGAGCCACGUGCAUGGUGUCCUUAGUGCUGGGGACGCAGGGUGGGCUGAGCGUGGGUGCCAGGGGA